GAUCUUUGCCUAUACUUAAUAUGGCAUCGCUGGGCAGUCCUUUAAUAGUUGUGAGGACGUGCUAUUGUCUGAUGUCAACCCCCCUCCACUGUCGAGUAUGAGCAGUCCAAUUUCUAACCCUUUCGGCGGCGUUCUCAUCUCGGUAUUUCUGAGCAUCCUCCUCUUGGGAGCGAUGUUUGUGCAGCUGUUCAUUUACUUUGACCACUACCCAAAAGAUCAUAUGUGGGUCAAAAUCUUCGUCCUGGUUCUGUUUACGUUGGACAUCCUCAAUUCCGCCUUUGUGCUUGCGUGGGUUUACAAAAUGCUAAUCGACAACUUUGGAAAUAUCGAAGCUUUCUACAAAGCGGACUGGACGGCGGCAACCGACCCUCUCCUUUCCUGUAUCAUGUCGGGAAUGGUCCAGUUCUUCUUCGCUUGGAAAAUAUGGGUCUUAACCAAAAACUACUUCUUCAUCUUCAUUAUAUGCGCCUGCUCCCUAGCGUCCUCCGCUGGAGGCUUUGCUACCAGUAUCAUCGCCUUUAUGGUCUGGAACACCAUGAAUUGGCCCGAACUGCGCGUCAAACUAGAUACCCCGGCUUUGAUAUGGCUCAUUCCGGCGGCGGUAGCUGAUCUUAUCAUCGCUAUCGUCAUAACCGUCUACUUGCACCGCGCCAAGGGUCCAUUCAAAAGGACCAACCGGGUCUUGAACAGGGUUAUUCGACUGACUAUGCAAAACGGUCUCCUCACGGCAACUAUCGCUGUGGUUGAUCUUGUUUUGAUCCUUGCUAUCAAGGAUACGCCUUAUUAUCUCUUCGUCGCUUUUAUUCUACCCAAACUGUACACAAACUCUGCUAUGUCUAGUCUCAAUUCUCGCCGCAUCCAACACAACGAUAUAGGGGAAGAUAUAACAUCUCUGAGUAUGGUAUCCGGCUUCUGGGGCAGUAGCCCGGGUCACGCCUCUCCACUCACCGCACGACCACAAAUGUUCGUCAACGUGGAAUAUGGAAGGCAUCAGGACUCGGAUCGUCGCGAUGCAGAAACUACUGUCUCCUCAGAGGAUAUCCCCAAACAUGAGGGCGUUGGACCAUAGCCGCGAAUGUUUUCUUAUCAUUUUGUCCUUUCUCUGGUCGCACCUUUCUCUCUGUAGUACGCUAUUAUACUGUGUAGGGUGUACGAUAUAAUGGUGGCUGAUUCAGAUACACUUUGCAUUAUAGACGUUGAUGAUAUGUGGGCUGUAGUACUUAGAGACAAUGUAGAGUCCAAUGCAAAACAAAAGACGUAGUUGCUCAAGAAUGUGAAUG